AUGGCCUCCGGCACUGAUAUCCGUGGGGAAGGGGCGCCGCGGUCGUCCAUUGAGAAACUCCCCAUUCUCUCCCAAGAUCCCGCCUUUGAUCGGUUGCCCGACGAAAUCAUCCAGCAGAUUCUCCAGCUUACCGACCCCGACUCUUUUGCCUCACUCGUCCUCCUCAACUCAAAAUGGCGUCAAGUCUCUCAGCAUGCGCAGCUCUACGCUCUUCACCUCUCGAAAUGCGAAUCCUACUCCGCGAGCCAUCCUCCUCUGCGCGAAGCCGACGUCAAAGAUGAAGACCUCCCCCGACUUAGGCGAUUGUUCGCCCGAGAAGUCAAGCGCAAUCUCUUCGAAGCGUACCUGAGACCCCGCGAGACCGUUAUCCGCCUGAUAUCCAAUUCCAUCAGCUCUUCGUCAUGCCCGGGCGGCGAAGGGAUGCAAUUCAGUCCGUCUCCCCGCGGUCACCAUGUGCUGGCGUACAAUUCUUCUCGAAUCUACGUGCUUGAUAUGAGAGGGAAAGAAAUAGACGUCAAGAGGGAAUUCAAGAUCUUGCGCCGACCAGUUUCAACCUGCAUAAAGGACGACGGCUCUAUGUUGGCGGUUUUGUCGUCGGAAAUGCAGGUUGAUCUUUACGAUCUUGAGCCGGAGCCUCCCCGCCGCACACAGUCCCUGAUCUUAGACCAUGCCCCACGCACGAUCGCCUUGUCGCCAUGUGGUUCCGUUUUGGCUGCAGCUUACGAAGGCGGCAUUGAGGUUUCGAUGGUCAAUCCAGGCGCAUUGCCUACGGACAGGAGAGCCGUCAAGUGCGAUGGUGUCGACUCCCUUUCUUUCUCCUUUGACGGAACACAGAUCCUUGGAACUACUGUCCACUCAUCGCCUCCCAACACCGUCAUCCUGACCGCUCCCUACUACGACCCCGGAAACCAAAUGGCCGAUGAUAACAUCAGCGCUCUUUGGACGACUUCAAUCCUCUUCCCCAACACGAGUCGGGAUUGCAGUCACGCUGUGCUUCUUCAAGAUUCAAGCCAGGAGGAGGCAGCCUGGACCUUUACUUAUGAUCGUAGCUUUGAGACUUUCAGGGCCGUACGCAUCGACGACUUGCGCAACGGGACGACAUAUUUCACUGGUCCAAAACCCCACCCGGCUUCUCAAGCGAAACUCACGCCGUGUACGCUCCCAGCAGCUACCUAUCACGGCGACCUGGUCAGCGCCGGUUUUCAGGGCAAGGACAUCUGGCUGUAUGGUGUGCCAGAAGAUCUUGACGCUGUGCCCGAGUUCUCUUCUGGGUCCGAUUCAUCAUCUUCUACGGGUCAAGGACGACGCAACAGCGGUCCUCCGUCUCGUUCGUCAUCUGCGCGAGCGCAAGAGAACCCCAGAGUGCCGCAAUGGCAGAUUCUUUGCGACAAGCUGCGGAAUACCUUUGUCUGGGGAGCCAAGAUUGCAGAGCUCGAGGGCGUGAGCACUGUGAAAUGGGUUUCUGGCUUCGGCGAAACAUCCUCACAGGAACGUCUGGUCGUCGCGGCUCGCGGCAUCUCCCCUACGAAAUCCAUCGUGGACGAAGACGACAUCGACUUUAUCGAUGGCGGCAGGGUCACUCUGCUUGAUUUCGACUACGGUAUUGAGGACGGCGUUAGGACCGAGAUUGAGAUCGAAGUCGGCACAAGAGAACCUGAAGUCCUGGAGGAGGAACAGAGAGACAUCGACACCGAGGUUGCUAUUGUUCGCCGUAGGACUGUAGCACAGAGACGGGGUGAUCGUGGUCAUUUGAUUCGUGCCGCUACCAGCGCUGCGACCCGAGGCAACCCUAUGCCCUCAAUUCCUCCUCUGCCACAGCCGAGAGAAGAACCUGAAAUUGGCGAGGCCGAGGACGAUGACGACGACCCGCUGGUUCCCAGGCGUGUGGGUGCCGCACCCCGCAUCAAUGUCGAGCAGCCGGCAUCUGCUACUGCCCGGGACGAAGGAGGUGAAACAGCUUCCAUGAUUGAAGAAGAAGAGGCCGUUGAAGCCCCUUACGCUCAUGAUGGACCUCGAUCUACAAACACGCUCCGCCGCGCCGCAACCGCGGCUGCAAUGAAUCGACGUCGCAACCCCGCGCCUCCCGUUGCUGGGCCGGUCGAAUAUAGACGUGCUGAUGGCCGACGUGAGCAUCCUCAUGAGAGCGAUGCUGACAACUGGGUUCCUCCGCCGCCGCCAUACCAAAAGGAAGACCCAGGCGACCUGCCGUCUUUCUUGCGAAACGCUGCCAUUACACCCAACGGUGUACAUGUUCCGACCCAGCCAUCUAGGACACAGACAGCCGCGCCCACGAUUGGAUCAGCCUGGCCCUUGCCCAGUCGUCCGACUCUCGCUCAGACAUCUCCUCGUCCUCUUAGUUACCAGGAACCAGGCAGCGUCAGUCCUGCCAAUACGAGCCAGCAUCUGCGGGUCGCUAGUGACACCACGCACAUGAGCCGACCUCGCACAGCGGACUCAGAUCGACCAUUGUCUAUUCCUGUCUCUCGUGUGGACGAUGAGGACGACAUCUACGACGUUUCACCACCUGAUUCUCCCCGGGUCGCGGCGAGGAGACCGAGCCAACCCGAGCCCACGGAUGAACGCGACCGCAUCGUUAGCGAGGUUUCAGUCAUUUCGCCGACGAGCAGAAGGGUUAAUUCCGACUUGGUAUCUCCACAGGAUUCUUUGGCUUCACCAGUCAUUCAUCAAACCCAGUCUCCUCCCUCUUUGGGCUUGGAAAUACCAUCCGCAGGCCUUGGUAUCAUCGCAGGGCCGCUCAUGUCUCAGCCAAUCGACGAUACUCAUACACCCCUGGUGAGGCGUCUGUCGAACGCACAAACAUGGCCAAGAUCUGCUCAGCCUGCCAGUGGGCCCCAACUUGGCCCUGAGGCUGAUCCGUUAGCCAGCCAUCCGUACUCAGCUCCCGCGAUCAAUGCUAGUGUGGACAUGAUUAUGGCUUCCGCAUUGCCGCCUCCACCCAGAGCCGACCAGCUGGCUAGCUUACAGCACCAUGAUCAGCAAACUCCCCCUCGGCGGUUUUCUGGUAACUUCAGUUCUGUACAGCGCGUUCCUGUCGGCAGUCGUAGGCCCGGUUCACGUAGAGCGUCCGUUCCCCAGCCUGGGCCUCCGUUGAGCGCAGAGCAACCCCCGAUACCGAACAAUGGUAACAAUUCGCCCGUUGAGGAUCAACCACUCAUCAUCAGCACUCCUGGGGGCGUUGUGGGUGCCUACGACUUACCCACACGCCAACAGUCCAACCGCCGAGGGGAGAUGCCUUUGUUGGCACCCAUUCCUCGUCAUCCUCGUCCGGCGCAAAUUGGCCCCCUAAGGCCGACGGUGGAGCGGCUCGAGACUAUAUACAGCGUCAACUCUACUAACCCCGCUGCGCCGGGGCCCGCUGAGGCCUCCGGAAGUAGAAGUCUAAUGCCGGCCUGGCUCCAGGCGCCGUCGACAACUUCAGCUGGUCGACAGUCACACUCGUCUGUGAGCCGCAAACCUAGCCGUGCUGAACGGAGCGCAGCCAAAAACAUCAAGGACGCGAAGAGGCGAGGAUGGAACGGCUCCAAGAAGAAGAAGAAAAAGAAGAUUGACCCCGAGGUUGCCAGCACUGCUGCGUGGACCGAUGUCUCGGGCGUGAGCAGAAGUGAACACCACGGCAAACCAGAGAAAGAGAAGAAGUGUGUUGUUAUGUGA